GCCAUUUCUGCCGACGGAUUUGAAGGCAAAGGAACAUAUUGGAAGAGGGGCGAUCGAAUCUUCGGGCUGGGCUUUAGUUCACCUGAUAUCUGUACAAGCUGACAUCUGGUUUCCUGGUGUAGGAUUCGGGGAUUUGAGGGGGAACUAUGGCAUGUGGAGCGACGCUCAAGCGCUCUAUGGAGUUCGAGGCCCUAAUGAGCCCGCAGUCUCCCAAGCGACGCCGGUGCGCUCCUUUACCCGGAUCCCCAGCCACCCCGUCUCCUCAGAGAUGCGCCAUUAGGCCCGAGAUGCAGCAGGGGCAACAACAGCCGCUUUCCCAGUUGGGAGGUGACCGUAGGCUGACUCCUGAACAAAUCUUACAGAAUAUCAAGCAAGAGUAUACUCGCUAUCAGAGACGAAGGCAGUUAGAAGGAGCAUUCAAUCAGUGUGAAGCUGGGGCUUUGAAUGAGGUACAGGCCAGCUGUUCAUCUCUCACAGCUCCAUCCUCUCCAGGGUCACUUGUUAAGAAAGACCAACCGACCUUUAGCCUGCGACAGGUGGGAAUACUUUGUGAGCGACUUCUGAAGGACCACGAGGACAAAAUCAGGGAAGAAUAUGAGCAAAUACUUAAUAUAAAACUAGCAGAACAAUAUGAAUCUUUUGUGAAAUUCACACAUGACCAGAUCAUGCGACGGUAUGGAGCAAGACCUGCAAGCUAUGUGUCUUGAGGUUUCCAAUUGCCACCUGGAUUCCAGCUUUGACUUCAAGUUUAUGGCUGCUCCACUUUCUUGCCACCUACGAGGUGCCACCGAUUUCUUUUUCUUUUUUUUGUCGCCUUCGUCGUUCUGAGGAUUUUCAAACAUUCAUUGGCUGCCUUCCGCUGUCUGAAAAAAAAAUCCCCCGAAUGGACCUUUUUGUUUUUUGUUUUUUCAUUUUGAUACUGCUCACAAUAUAAGUGACUGUUCUCUGCCACAUUGUAUUUGUUAGAAGGUUUUAAACAGCUUCAUCUUAUCACAUCCUGCCCUUCUAUGGCACAUGGACCAUUUCUUUAAAUGAAGUGACUUGUCAUUUAUUUUUCAUUUUAUUUGCCUCUGAUUAUUUAAUUAAGAGGAUUUUUAAACUGUGUUUGAUGCACUACAGUUAAGUUUUAAACACGUUUUAUGGUCCUUAAAGGAUAACGGGAGUAAGGACCGCGCAGGAUUUAACUUUGGCGUAUUUAGUGAAUAGUGAUUGUUAAUUGGUUGCUUUAUACUACAACCAUCCUCUCUGUUCUGAAAUCUGUAUGAAACUCUUUAUUUUAUAUUCUUUGUUUCAGACAGAAGAUUGUUUUAUGAAGUUUAUACUUUAAUAACUGCUAAAAAAAAAAAAAAUGGAAGCCUGUCUAGUUAAAGGGUUUUAUAAUUCACUUGGCAUGCAAAUGUGGAGUAUUUGUUCAUAUGGGCUGCACAAUUAAGUGUCAUUUCUCUUUAGGGGGGUGGGGGAGGAGGGUGGCAAUUCCUGGGAAUCCGUGUACACAGCCUUUCUAUAAUAUUGUGCCUCUAGUGUCCUUUUGUGGAAAUUACCACAGUUACUUUUGGUGGCUGAAAAUUGGGCCAAGUCAUAUGUUUUGAUAAGUUGGUAAGGGGAAGAGUGCAUAGCUUGCUUAUUUGCACAUCAUUUGCUGUAAUAGUCUGUAAUACCUUUUAAAAUUUCUAAAUAAAGAACAUUAAGUGCUGUUA